CUUACUCCUAAUUUAUUUCCUAUUUAUUAUAACUAUUCUCUAAAUCCCUAGUCUAAUCUAUAACCUAAUCUUAUAUACAACAUAUAUACAUGCUAUGCUACAUAUUUACAAACUCUCAGAACUUGCUUCAGUUUUCCUUUCCACAGGAGUGAAUGAGGAGUUGAAGAUGACAGAUUUCAAACCAUGUUGACUCAAGGGUGUCUGUGCCUUUAAAAUUAAUAGUGACAUUCAAAAGGGGCGAGUUUAAGGAGAAAAAAUUGAGUUCUGCUUGGAUGUGUUUGUUUUGAGAUGCCAACAAAAUAUUCCAUUCAAAAUCUCCAAAAAGCAUUUGGGAUUGGACUUCAGGAAAUAAAUUAGGAAUUACUAUAUAAAUUUGGAAUUCCUUUGUAUAAUAAUAUUAAUUGAACCAUGGAAGUUGAUGGGUUCAACUGAGAGGGCUUAGAGAGAAAAAAGAGGAGAGUCCAAGAUAGAACCUCAGGUGAAACAAUUAUUGAGAAUGACAGAAAAAGACCCAGAAAGGGAGACUUAGAAGCAAUAGUUAAAAGAAAAAGAAACUGUCAAAAAAAGAGAAAGAACAGAUUCUAGAAGAUGGUUUAAAGUGUCAGAUUCUGCAGAGAAAUUAAAAAUGAGGAUUUGAAAAAAGGUUAUUAGAUUUGGCAAUUAAAGGUUCAUGGAGAAAUCAAAUUAUGAGGUCAGAAAUCAGAUUGCAGACAAGUUAGAAGUGGAGACACCAACUGCCUCAAGUUUAGCUGAUAAAGGGAGGAUUUAAAACAAAAGCAAAUAGAACUGUUUGGAUCUAGUGAGAGUUUUUGUUUAUUUGUUUUUUUAAGGAAAGGGAAGAUUUAAGCACAUUUGUUGUCCACAGGACAGGAAUCAGUGGAUAUGGAUGAAUGAUGAAUGAACAAGCAUUUAUUAAAUGUAUACGAUAGGGGAUAAUUCAGAGAGGCAAAGGAGAGAAAAGGGAGAUAUCUGAGAACUGGCCUUAUUCAUUUUUCUUGGAGGAAUAUGGGGUGAAGCCCUCAGCUGAUGUAAAAAUGGAGAUUUGAACCCCAGACUUCAAUUCCUAGAAGUCCUUGGUAGUUCCCAGAAUUCCCUGAAAUCUCACCAGAGGUCCUCUCCUGGGCCGAGAGCAAAAGGGGUAUUUAAACUGACUAUUACCUACCCACUCUCUCUCCCUGCUUCUCUCCCUGCACAUGUGGCUCUCUAUCUAGCAGGCAAGAUAUAGAGUAAAUGGUUGUGAAUGGGCUCUGGGCCUAGGCAUGUGCAUUACUUAUUUUGUAUUUUCUUUAUUUCUUAAUCUUUAAUAAACCUCAUAAAAAUAUAAUACUUUUAGCAAAGAAACUAAAUUUUAAUUAUUACACUGAUAAAGUGGGGUUUGUGAGUACUAUGGGAGACUUGUAGAGGUUUGUAACCAUCUCUGUGGUGAAUGGGAUAGAGAAAUGAAAAAGGAUCAAGAGGAUGCUUUGCCAUGGUGAGGGCCCAGUUACAAUUAUUUCACAUAUAUUUGUCAUAAACUCGUUAAACACAGUUCUGUGACUACCUUCAUCUUUUGAGUGGAAGUAUAAGAGGUAGAAAGAGGAAAUCCAGGGUUGGAUUUGGCAAAGCAUGAUCAGAGACAGGACAAAAAGACAAAUGAUAUAAGAGUAGAGGGUGUGGAUAGAUGGGUGGCUCAGUGGAUUGAGGUCCAGGUCUAGAGACAAGAGGUCCUGGGUUCAAAUAUGGCCUCAGACAUUUCCUAGCUAUGGGACCCUGGACAAGUUACUUCAUGCCCUUUGCCUAGCCCUUAUCACUCUUGCCUUGGCAAUAAUACCCAGUAUUGAUUCUAAGACAGAAAGUGAGAUGUUUUUGGUUUUUGUUUCUUAAAAAGGAGAGGAUGGAGCAGAGUUGAGUUGGGUAGAAAUUGAGAAGAAAAGGGAGUGUAUGCAGAUGACAUCCUAGGCAAAUACUGAGAAGCAGAGGGAGUUCAGAGUUCAUGAUGAGGACGAAAAAGGGUCAGGGUCAGUAAAACGAAGUGAAAAAUGGAAUGCUAAACUGUGAUUGGAAAAGGGGAAUUUUGAAGUUCUUGGACAAAAUAGUAGAACUCCUGUGGAUAUGGCAAGGUCCAUGGCAAUGAUUAGUCUUGGGUCUGGCUGGAGCAAAAUGAGGGAAUUGAUCACUGAGGAGGACAAGCAAGUGGGAAGUGGGGGUAUUUGAGUGGGUAUGUUGAGGUCCUGAUCAUUAGCAUGCAUAAAGGUAAAUCCUUUCAUUCCAUUCUGCAAGUUGUGGAUUUGUCCCUAGUCAGAGGGAAGAUGUUGAGGUAGAGAGAAGCCACCACAGCCUGGUUGGGUGAUCAGUGUAGGCAGCAGAGACUUCCAAAGAGGGAAGGUUGCUUCGUGGUGAUGGUAGAGGGAGUGACGAACAGCCUGGCUUCCUACCCAGGAUCAGGGAAAGUGCCGCCCGGAGGCCCAGUCCCUUGUGGGUCUCAGAUGAAAGGAAGCUUGUUCACGAGGGCGUGGGUGUUCCAGAGCCCAGUGGAAGGAGUGAAUGGGUACAUGUGAUGCAGAAUACUGUCCUGAUAAGGUGGAAGUGAUGGAAUGCACGCUUGGGCAGAAUUCAGAAGUUCAGGAAGGGGUUGGAAUCUGCCUGGACCAAACCAGUUCAAAUAGCCUGGAAUCUCUGGAGUCCUGGGCCUUUGACUAAUAAAGUCUUUUCUCCCAAGAAACACUUUUAGUUUUCCCAGAUUAUAAUAUAAACAAUGUUUAUGCCAGUGGAAUUGCUCCUGGGCUAUGGGAGGAGACAGGGAACGGGAAAGAACAUGAAUCUUGUAACCAUGGAAAAAGAUUCUAAAUUAAUUAAAUAAAAAAUAAUAAGGUGUAUGGUUAUGGGUUCAUGUGAUAAUAGAAUUAAUGCCGUGUUAAAGUUGAUAAUAUGUAUUCUUUGCAUAGGACACGAAUAUCCCAUGAAUGCUCACAAAUAUCCUCUCCAAAGGAGUGCUAAAUGACAGUCUGGACUCAGGAAACUAAACUACUAUGCCCAGGGGAGAGUUUUUCACAUGACUCAUAAAAAUACCAUCCUAAAAAUGCAGGUAACUAAAAAUAACAAACAUGAGACAGCCUUGGGUGAGAACAUCUGUGUUCAAAUCCUGAUUCCCUGCCCCCUCCUCCAGCCCUGUUUCCCCAGGGGGCCCAGCUCUCUGAACCUGUGUGGCCUUCAAAAAAAUGGGAUAUUUGGGGGGCAGCUGGGUAACUCAGUGGAUCAGGCCUAGAGAUGGGAGGUCCUAGGUUCAAAUCUGGCCUCGCAGACACUUUCCAGGUGUGUUACCCUGGGCAAGUCACUUGACUCCCAUUGCCUAGCCCUUACCACUCUUCUGCCUUGGAACCAAUACACAGUAUUGAUUCCAAGAUGGAAGGUAAGAGUUAAAAAAAAAGGGGGGGAGGAUAUUUGCAGCAUGAAUUUUACUGGUUUGUAAAGCAGGCUCGCUGUAAACUGUAAAGCACUACCUAUAUGUGAAUUCUCUGUUAUUUUCCAAAACUUGCCAGGCUUUUCACUUACCAUUAAUUAAUCAAUGAAAGGGGUGUGUGUGUGUGUGUGUGUGUGUGUGUGUGUGUAAGCAAGGUAGGAAGCAUUUGCAGCCAUUUAAAAUAUGUCCUGCUUAAAAAGUGAAAAAUCAACUAUUUAAAGCAAUUAUGCCCAAGCAGUUACUAACUGCUACACCAGCAAUUGCAAAUUCCUUGUUAUCACUACAUUCUUCAAAUAUCUGUUGCAUAAAUGCUUAUUGAACCGAAUGGUGCUAAAUCCCUCCAAUGUGACUGAAUUUGGAGUUGGAAGCCUGGAUUGAAAUCCAGUCUUUGUUGCUAAGAGCUCCUGUGACCCUGGGCAAACAGCCACUUCAUUUUUCUAGGCUUCUGUAACACAAAAGGAACUGGACUCCAUUCUCUCUUGGGACCUUCCAGCUCUAACAUUCUCUGGUCUUUUUAUUGUUCCUGGAGUUGUUCGGUCAUUUCUGGCUCUUUGUGACACCGUUUUCCAUGCUGUUUGUGGCGUUUUCUUGGCGAAGAUUCCAGAGUGCUUGGCCAUUUCCUUCUCUGGUGGAUAAAGGCAGAGCUUAAGUGACUUGCCCAGGUCCACAUGGCCAGUGAAAGUGCGAGGAAGCCGGAACUGAACUCAGGAAGAUGAGUUUUCCUGACUCUAGAUUUGCCUCCUACGGCACAUGAGCACCCUCCCUCCUUGGGGCCUGGAACUCCAUCCCUUAAAAGUUCCCCAUCACUGGAUUAGGCUGAGUCCACCUACCUCUGCCCCUCAGGGAUGGGGGUGCUGGAUGGAUGAGCUGGGAGACCUUCUGGGGAAGGGAGGGCUCUCAGGCCUCUCCAUCAGGACAGAGGAGACAGAGGCCUGGCCUCUGCUGUCUGAUGGGAUGGCAUGUAGAAGAGUUUGGCCAAACCCUUCUUUUCCUCCCUCUUUAUUUGUUAUAAAGAAUAGCAGAGGCAGCUUGUUGGGGGCGGUGAUAGGAACUUGUCUGGAGAAAGGCAGCCCCAAGUUCAGCUCUAGCCAUGAACAUUUACCAGCUUAUGACCCUGGACAAGUCAUUUGACCUCCGUUUGCCUCAAUUUUCUCAGGUAUAAAAUGGGGAUGAUAACCGCAUCUACUUCCCAAGGUGGUUGUGAGGAUGAAAUGGGACAAUAUGUGUAAAGCAGUGAGCACUGUACCUGGCACACAGAGCAGGUGUCGGGAAAUGCUGGCUGUUUUUAUUAUUAUAGAUUCGAGGAGGAGGAAGGAAAAAGGAUUCUAUUGAGAUGUGUAAAAAGAAAAGAUAUUCAUAAAAACUUUAAAAUCAAUACUUCAUUAAAAACAAAUAUGCCUAGGUAGGACUCUUUCCCCACUGUCCUAUAGAACCAAAUCUCUUUUAUUCCCCCCAGGCAACUUUAAAGAUGAAUGACCUAUAAAUCAAAUUUUUGGGGUCAAUUAUAUCCACAUUUAUAGUUCAGAGAGAAAAGUUUGAUUCCUUUGAAUUUAAAAACAAGGUUUCCACAAUUAAAAUUUUGGUUUCCAUGUAUGUAGUUUCCAUACCAAUAGGCAAAAUUGUUUAAUCUAGAGGUAUAGGGUGCCUUUUUUUUUUUAAGGCAAACAAGGUUAAAGUGACUUGCUUAGGGUCACACACAGGUAGGAAGUAUCCAAAGUCAUAUUUGAACCCAGGUACCCCCUGACUUCAGGCCUGGCUACCUGACUGCCCCUCAGCCUUUCUCAAGUGUAAGGGGUAAAUUUGGGGUUGAGACUGAAUAUAUUAUUUAGUGGUCACCAGGGAUUUAAAUUCUAAGUCCCAAUGAAAUACUCAAGUCAGAAUGGAAUUUUAUGGUGGUUUAUUUACAAUAGAGGGAAGAAAUUAAGAAGGAGAAAGAGGGAAAGGGGUAAAGAUCUACUCCAGCCAGGUCUGAGCCAGGGGGAGUUCAGAGGCCUCUCAGUAAAGGGGCCUUCCCAGAAGAUUAAAUCUGUAAAUCUUGAAAUUUCUCAGACUUGUGAAUGUUAAAAAUUUCCACAUUGAGGAAUCCUCCAUUGGAACAAAUUCCCUACUGGGAAAACAUUCCUCAUUUUGAUGUGAGAACUCACCAGGAUCAGAAAUGGGAGGACCUCUACUCCACCCGUACUUAAGACUGCUUUAGGGGAGAAAAAUCCUUGCUAAACAAUGAAAGUACUUGGACCCAUGCUUAUAAUAAGGCAAGGAGUUCUUUGAGCCAUGCCUGUUUUUUAGAAUUGAUACAAUGAGAUGCUAGGUACCUAAAAGGGUCCAGCAAGUUUUCUCUUAAUGAGAUUAGUUGACUCAGCUGUGUUUUCACUGGUUCAGACUUACUUAGGAGAUUAGUCGACACAGCAGCAUUUUUUCUGGUUCAGACUUACUGAGGAGAUUUGUCGACUUAGCUGGAAUUCAGAUGGGCUGUCCUUUGGAAAACAUCUACAGUGAUUGGUAGAUGUAAGGACUUAGGGGAGGUGACAUAGGAGAAAAACCCCUAUAUAAGAAAAAGCAAAAUCUCUUGAAAGAAAUCCUUUUGGAGGAUCUCUGUUGAGGAUCGCUUGGGAAGAAUCUCUUGAGAGAGGCUCUGGAGAAGGGAAGCUCUUGGAGGACAAUCUCUAAGGAGGUCUCGCUGGAGCUCCUCUGAGGGGACUCUGUCACUCUGGAGGCUCUGGAGAGAGGCCCUUUGGAACAGUCUCUGGCUGGAAGGCUCUUUAAGGAGGACUCUGGCUGGAACUCUCUCUGGUGAAGUCAGCUGAGAUGGAGCUGGCCUGGUGUCACUAGAAUCCUUGCUUAGACAGACCUUGUGGUGAGUGUUAAAAGACUGACUGACUGAUCUCUCUCUCUUAAGACUCAGGCCUAGGCCAUGUUGGCUUAAGGCCCUUCAUACUUAUUUCCUUUUUCUCUCUUUCUCUCUUUUCUUUAAUUCCACAUUUGUAUUAAUUAAAAUCUCUAUAAAACCCAGUUGACUUGGGUAUUUGAAUAAUUGGGAAUUUUUCCCUGGCGACCACCUUAUAUUUGAUUUAAAAACCAAGACACUGUAGUGAAACAUAUUUUCUGCGGUCAAAUUUACUCACCCUCUCUUAUAUCUAUCACAAUUUAUAUCUUCCACCAUUUUAACUCACUACAAUUUACAACAUCACUCUUUUAACUACUACAGUUUAAGGACAUCAACCAUUUCAAAUCUAACAAAUCUAGCUCGGCUUCUAGCUAGGAAGCCUCCUCCAAGAUGAGGGGCCUACUUGGAGGCUGGAACCUUUAGAAGGGUCAAGGGAAAGGGAAGUCAGCCUUAACUCUCACCACGUGGUUGCCUAAGGGAUACAGUCUCAGGACAUAACUUCUGAGCUCCUCCAAGUCAAGUUUUACCACCCAAGUUUUCAAAAACCUCAAAAAGCCCCUCUCAUAGGAAGUACCUUGAAAUAUAAAGGCAGUUCUUUACAUCACUUCCUGUCUCUCACAUGUUCCAAUGAUGGCUUAAGCUUGGCUUAGGACAGCCCAGGGGGUCAGUCAGUUGUUUCUGAUUUGUCACUUGCUAGCACCUGCUGGUCAUAGGCCGUCCUUCCCCACACCCAAUCCUUAAGUGGGGGUAUAUGCAUUCUUGGUUGUUUGAAUUCUAAAGACUAAGCAGGGUGUAGUAAAACUAAAAUUCACACAAGAGAGCUUAUGUCUGACUUCCCCAAAGUCUCCUUCAGCAAUGCACUGUUUCCAUAGAACCACAUUGCACCUCAUGAUGAGAAAUGUCAUGUUUUGGAGUAAGUUACACAGUUGUAAGGCAGCACAAUGGAUGCCAUGCCAAGUCCUGGGUUGGGAAGAUCCAAAUUCAGAUGGGACCAGAGACACCUAGGAUCUGUGUGAUCCUGGAUGAGUCACUUCCUCCAGUUUGCCUCCAGUUCUUCCCAUGUAAAAUGAGGAUAAGAACAGUUGUCUCCCAUUGUUGUUGAGGGUAUCAAAUGAGAUAAAAACUGUAUAUCACUUAGUACAGUGCCUAGCAUGGGGUAAAUGCUAUAUGAUCAUUAGCUCCUAUUUGUGUUAGCUGUUACGAUGAUAAAUUUGACAUCAUCAGUGAUUGAAUGAAAACUCUGUUAAUAACUUGCCAUCAUUUUUUAAACUUUACCUUCUGUCCUAGUGACAAAGUCAGAAGGUUAAGCAAGUAAGAAGAAGCAUCUGUGGCCAAACUUGAACCCAGGACCUCCCAUCUCUAGGCUUGGCUCACCAUUUACUGAGCCAUCCAGCUGCUCCCAACUUGUAGCAAUUUCAAAAAUAAUUAUUCUGUUAAAGUUAGAAAGUUUGAAACCCAUACAAUGUCAAAUCAAUUUGAGGACUGUAUUAUUAUCCUAUAAUGCAAAGUUUAAAUUCUUUUGAGAGAAAUUUUAGGAUUAGAGACUUGCUACCUCCCCAAAUCCAGAAAGUGAACUGUUUGGAGAAGGUGCCAUGAAGAUGCCUGCAGAAACCAUAUGCUGCACUAGCAGAUCCAGAGUGAAUUUUGUGAUGUGGUGAAUUGAACUCUGGGGUGGUUGAAUGCAUUUAUUGUGCAUGUGCACUCUUAUGCCAACAGGGACGGCCCCCAAAUUGUUUUUUUGUCAAUGUAGCAAUCAUAGAUUUUGUUCUUUUUCUCUUCCAUUUCCCUCUUUCCCCCAAAUUAUUGUAAUUUCCCUUUAGAAACCCCAAUAUUGUAUAUGCCUUUAGCUAAAAAUCUUUAGAGUUUUAAGUUUGUUAUGUUUAAAUGAUCCCUUGGGGAGACUAGUUCUCCCAAAGGAUCACAGGGGAAUAUGUGUAAAUAGAAUUUGUACCCUUGGACUUUAUCUCCCAGAAUCCCUUUCCUUUCAUCCCCAUGUUGCAUCCUUACAUGUUGUACAUAAAAGUUUGCUGUAACUCCACCUUUUGACUCUCUCUCUCUCUCUCUUUUGCUCCUUUUACUCAGGCUAUCAUUUUCCUUCAAGUUAUUGUUAAUAAAUCUCAUAAAAAUAUAAUACUUGGAGUAGUGACUAUUAAUUUUUAAUCUUAUCGGGACAAAAUGAAAAAUAAAUGUAUUUUUCAAAUUAUCCCUUUCAGAUGAGAGGGAGCACCAUAUCAUGGGUCGAUGGGUCGAUUGGAGUGAUGAAGAGCUGGAUUCAAAUCCUGUGCUCAGCUAGUUAUGCAACUGUGGUCAAGUUGCUUAAAUUCUAGGGGUCCCCAAGCAGCUCUAUAAACAGAUUCUAAAUUAUGAGGAAUUAUUCAUGAGAGGGAAUUUCCACAUUGGGGUCCCUGAAAAGAUGGUACAAAAAACCAAAUCCUUUUAUUUAAGAUAACUAAUUUAGUCAUUUCAAGAGGAAAAGAAACAGCAUGUUUUAAGACUCCAUUCUUGUCCUCAGCAGUUGCCCAAGAAAUGUGGCUUCAAAACUUAUGCUAAUUAUAAAAUAGUCUCCUAUCAGCCUCUUAUUUCCUCCCUUUCACUGAAUGAAAGGGUGGCCACUUUUCUUGGAUGUAUUCUUUGCUCUGCUACACAAUCCUAGGAGAGGAACAGUCAAGCUUCCACCAUCUUUCUUGUUUUUGGUUCAUUUGUAUUCUCCUCUUAGCCUCUGCAAGAAGUAAAUUUUAUUAUCUGCACACUCUUCUGGUGGGUCUCUGGACUGGAGCCUGUCACAUGUUGCAUUUCAAAUACAGCUCAAUGUUGAAAGGCUACAGGAGAAAGGAAGCAACGCAGCGCCAGUGGCUUAUUCUUAACUGCAAACUCCGGUGUUUUGGGUCUUGUUUUUAUUACAGUGUUAGACCAGCCUGCCCCUGGAGGGACUGGCCCAGUGCCACAUCUUGGGCCAAAGGCUUCUGCUGCCACCUCCAGGAAGCCUUUUGCACAGAGGGAACACAGCAUCCUCUGCUUGGUCUCCUCUCCCCUCCUGAAGGCUCAGAGAUGCUGGAGGACCCUCUAAGAAGGCUUCGGUGGUGACUGUUUCUUUUCAGUGUGCCAGAGAGGGGAGGAAUGCUUCUGGGGUCUUAGGACUCCCUGGAGAUGCCCAGAGGGUGCAGGUUGGUACAUGCCACUCUUAUUUACUUUUCAGCACACCCUGGUGGCUCCUACUCUGUUCCAGUCUUCUUUAUAACCCACUACCACUAUCACUAUACCUGAACCAACCUUGACAAAAAGUUAUAGGGAAGAACAACAUGCCAGUUUGGGGAAUGUAUUUCCCUUGAUUGUUAGAACUUUCCCUGCACCCAUUUCCCCAGGAUUUCCUUAUUUGGUCUUGCUGGGGAAUAAAUACAAAGUACAGAAUGGGGGGGGGGGGCAUCUGGUUCGCUCAGUGGAUUAAGAGCAGACCUAGAGAUGGGGGGGGGUCCUGGGUUCAGAUCCAACCUAGACACUUCUUAGCUUUGUGACCUUGGGCAAGUUCCUUUAAUCCCCAUAGCCUAGCCUUUACCACUCUUCUGCCUUGUAACCAAUACAUAGUAUGGAUUCUAUGGUGGAAAGUAAGACUUUUUAGAAAAAAAUCAUUUAUUAAUCUAUUCCUGUGUGCCAGAUACUAUUCCAGGCUCCAUAAAUACAGAUACAUGAGUGAAGCCUUGUGCCCACCCUACGGGACUUGACUUUGACUUUCAAAAAUCCCCAGCUUCUCUCAGUAACUUCUUCCCUAGCCCCAAAUCAGCUAAAUCCUGUUUAUUCAACAAACAUGGAAAGCUCCUUGAGGGCCAGGCAGGAGGCCAGCCAUAGCCACACCUUCUGCUUUUAUUACAAGAUCUGGCCAAGCUCCAUAGAUUAUCUCAAGCUCUCUCUGACCACAGGCUGUGUCCUAAUGACAUGGGUUCACCUAUCUGUUUAUCAUUUUACUGUCCUUAAUACGUUGCCGAGUAAUUAUUCUCUCCCCCCCCACACAUAUGUUGUGUCCCUACAAGCUCCAAGCAAGAUUUUAUCUCAUGAAUUAAUAAUAGUGAUCAUUAUGAUGAAAGACUGCAUAGUGCAAGGGAUGAAGGGGGAGCUUGGUUCAAGUCCUACAUUGAGUCCUUUUGAGUCUAAUGAUCUUGGGCUCACUACUAAACCUUUCAGUUUCUGAUCACUGAAUCUACACUUUUAGCCUGUAAAUUGUUCCUCUGGUUGGGCAGAGGGAAUUUCCAUACUGAGAGUCCCCAGAACUGGGGAAAUCACAGAUUUGGGCCACCUUAAAACAAAACAAAAACAACUCACUAAUGCCUUUUCCCUUUGGUCAUUUCCUUAUAUGUGCACCCCUCCCCCCCUUUUUUAAUAAUGAGAAAUAAACCAUUGGUCAUUCUAUGUUAUGUAAUAUUUUGUGCCCAUAAUCUCUGACCUCACUACAGAGAGAAGGGAAGAGUGAAUAAUUUACUUUUUCAUCAUCUGCUUUCCCUCCUACUAGUCCUGAGGGCUCCAUUCCCCUCACUAUUCAGUCUAUUUCACGGGGCACUCAAUAAAAACAAGAUAGUGAACAAUCAUGAUUUGGACCAGAAUAUGAGAUAGAUGAAUUUUAGAUUGAAAGAACCUUAGAAAGCAUCAAAUCCAAUCCUUCCGUUUUUUUUUAAUGAAGAAACUGAGGCCCAGAGAGGAUAAGUGGCUUGCCCAAGAUUGAUCAAUCAAUAUUUAUCAAUGUGCCAGGUACUGUGCUAACCUUUGAAGUUGCACAGAUAGCAAGUGAUAGAGCCAAGAUUUGAACCUAGGUACUCUGACAUGAUGAUCAAUAAAUGCUUUUGUCUAGGGGCAGCUAGGUAGCUCAGUAGAUUGAUCACCAGGUCUGGAGUAAAGAGAUCCUGGGUUCCAAUCUGACUUCUUCCUAGCUGUGUGACCCUGGGCAAGUCACUUUUUGCCUAGCCCUUACCACUCCUCUACCUACGCAAUACUGAUUCUAUGAUAGAAAGGUAUAUUUGUUUGUUUUUUAAAGAAUUGAUACUAAAACUAAGGGUUAAAAAAUUGCAUUAUCUAUCCAGUAGAACUGGGUUAUUAUUAUUAUUUUUUUGCCUUGAAUUGAUGUUGAUUUACUUAACUAAUGAAUAGAUUUUAUUAUAGAUAUGGAAUCAAAAGGUUAAUUACUCAGGCUGAAUAUUUCCUCCCACAUGUUCAAUAAAUUGCAAACCAUAAAAAUCUUAUUUUUUCUCCAAUGACACCAUGCUCUAAUGCGGUAAUAGCCUUAUUUGUCAGUAUUUCCCUCCCACCUUUUUUAAGACCUUGGGUAAUUAAGGAGGACUUCUCCAAUAUGCAAGGACUCUUUGGAGAAGGAGGAACAGAACUCUGCCUUUCUAAGGACUCCUUAUCACAGAGAACCCCUCCCGCUCUGCUCUAUCACAGCUUUAAUCAUUAGCAGGGGUUGUGAGGAGAGCUCUUGCCUCGGUCCCCCAAUGCUUUCUCCUUAAGGCUUGUGACUUGCAUUUUAUCCCACCCAUCCACCCCUUCUCCCCAUCCGCAGUAGCAGGUAUCUAUCCAUUCAACAGUUCGGUUCCCGUGAGCGGCCAAAUACAGCACCAGGACUUCUGAGUGCUCAAUCCUUCCACAAACACUCAUAUUCAGGGCUCCUCCUCCACCACCUUCUCCUCCCCCUCCUCGCCUUACCCCGCUCUCCUCCUCCUCCUUCUCCUCCUCCUCCUCCUCCUCUUGUCAGCCCAACCCAGCCCAUCGCAUCUCAUUCAGACUGAGCAAGGCAGAGAGAGUUGACGCUUUUCUCCAGCUUGCCAGUACCUUGGCUAAGCUUUCCCACGGGAAUUGAAGCCUCCGCCACCUACUGAGGUUCCGGAACUACGGAUUUGACGGAGAGAGCUGCUCCACCUCUUGCUCGCAAUACCUGGGCUCGCCCCUGGGUAAAUGAGGAUCUAAAGAGCUCGGAUCUCGCAGCUGUCGGAUUGAGAGGGAGCGUGCAGGGAGGGAAAGGAAGGACAGAGCCAGGAAGAGUCUCAGCAACAGAUGGAGAGGAUAACAAGGCACUACAGGAUUCCGGCUGGAGAGACCUGUCUUCCUCCUUUGCGCGACUGACUAAGAAAGGGACCCCUCCUUUUCAUAUUGCAGCAGCCCAACAACAAACAUGCCUUUUCCACCGAUUCAGCAGCAGCAGCCGCAACAACAGCAACAGCAACAGCAGCAGCAGCAAGUCCCCGGGGUUCCGACACCUCCCACUGUCAAUGCUGCUGCUACCAGGGAGCUGCCAAAGAAGCCAACAACCCAGAGGAAGACCGCCGUGCAUGCCCCUCCCGUCCCGGGUUCUCUGGCACCCACAGCUGGAGGUGAAAAGAAGAAACGGCCCCCGGAAAAGGCAGAGAUGCUCCUUUCUAGUUCCUGGCCAUCAGCAACACUGAAGAGGCAACUGGCUAAGAGAACCCCAGGCCCAGCAGCCAGCAGGACUCAGCCACAGCCCCCACUGCGCCCCACUCAGCAACCCUUAGCGCCUGCUACUGCCACCACCUCCACACCAACUCGCCCGCUGCUCCCUGCCACCUGCACUAUGCCUGGGCUGGCCCACUCCUGUGAGAGCCUGGCAGCUGGCGGGUCCUCCGUGCCAGGACCAGGGGCUGGCACCAGCAGUGGUGGGGAGGAGGAGGCUGUGAGAUUCUCAUUGAGCCUGACCCCAGAGGCAAUUCUGGUGAUCCAGAGGCGCAACCUGGAGAAGCAGUUGCUAGCUCGGCAACGCAGACCCUUCCCUUCUCCAGCCGCAGACACCAAACGCCUCUUAUCCUCUUGCCCCCGGAGCAAAGCUGGAGCCAUGGGUACCACUUCAGGCCAACGUAAGGGCAUUGCCAUUAGCGGCGCCGGUGGCACCCCCGUUGGUGGCUUUGGGAGCACCAGUCGCCGCCCUACACAGUCCCAACCCCAACUCCUUUCUGGUGCCAUGCAACCCCUCUCCACCACCUCCAGAGGAGGGCACUUGGGGAGUGGGGACUUACGAACCUUGCUGAAGAUAUCUCUCCUGAAUGAGCACCAUAAGUAUGAUGAUGUAGAAUAUGAAGAGGAAGCUGAAGCAGUGGAUGAGGGCCUGGUGAGGAAGUGUACCGAGUGGUUACGGGGUGUGGAGAAUGCCGCGGCCACGAGAGACAGGGCUGAGAAGUUGGAGACCCUGCCUCACCUGGGCACCCUCUGAGGCAGUAGCAGGGCGAUAGAUGCUCUACCCUCCCCUUACUUCCCGGUUUUGAAUGUCUGUGGGAUAUUGAGAGUUAAAGCCCACAGUUAUGCCUCACUAGGACUGAAACUCCAGAUCACCACUGCUUUCCCUUAGCCUGGGUCCCCAUUACUGGCUCUCUUACUCUUCAUACGCCAUACACACAUUUCCUCCAGCCCAGGGUGGCAGCAACAGCAAUACUUUGGCCACUUCUUUCUCCAGACCUAGAUUUAUUCCCUUUCCCUCAUCUUUUGACUAUCUGGCCCUCGACAGGAGCAUUCUGCAUCAGUCUUCCUGCCCUAUGGAGUCAGCCGUUUCCUUUUGCGAUUCCUGAGGUUACAAAUCAGGUUCCCCCAAAUGCCUUGAAACCCCACCACAAACACUCAUUUCUACACCCCAGUGCUCCUUGCUUUGCGACCAGAAACUGGAAGAGGAAAAGGAACAUGUAGUCUCUUCUAACUAAACCUUGGAGUUUGGUUUGUGAUUCCAGUUGAUGCUUCCUGUAGAGCAUUGGAAGCCCUGUGCAUAAGCCAGGUUUUGAGUCAGGAGUUUCUGAGAGAAAUCUGGGAGCAGGCAGGUAACUGGCACUGGCAGCUGGAUUGGAAUGACAUUUUUAUUCUUUCUCUUCCGAGAAGCCUGUUGCUGGACUUGGGUUAAUCGGAUACCUGGUGCUGCAUCUCAUAACGUCUGAUCCAUCUAGAUUUUGUUUUUCACCAGAAACGGGAACGAUGGGGGUGGGGAGGCAAUGCAGAUCCUGGAAAUUCAGCACCAAAAGCACCUCUGAUGGGGAAAGGGAUGUAAUCUCCAGGAAAUUGUAGACGGUGGUAAAUGAAUGUUUUAACUGAUAUGAUACUUUGUUGUCAUACAACAGGUGAUUCAUCAUCUGCUUUGUUCUCUCCUCUUAGCUGUCCUUUCUGUAUGCUUUGCACACACACAUGUCUUUCCUGAAACAGUUACUGGAAUUGUUUUCAAGCACUGGACUCAGGAGGGAGGGGGAAGAGGGGUCAGCUUUUGUUAAGACCAUAGUCUUUAUUUGAAGUGCUCACAACAUAUCUUUUGUACUGGGGGGGAAAGGGUAACCAAAUGGGGAGGGAAAAAAUGCACUCAGCUGUACCAGGACACAGGACAAAAUGUUCUGGUCCUGUAGAGAAAUUUAUCUAGAGAGUGAAUGAAUAAGGGGUGGGAGGGGAGGAAGGGUUGUGUAUGUGUUUUUAAUAUUUUUAAUCACUGUGGAAGUAUCAUAGUGGCUUUGUACAUUUGUAUAUAACAUUCAAAAUAAAGAACAUUUCUAUUUAUUAUUUGAAUAAA